AUGUUUUCGUCAAAGAAGAAAAAUGCAGGGAAACAAGAGUACAAGCUAGGACGAGAAUACUAUGAUCAGCAGCGGUACGGCGAGGCAGAGCAGCUGUUGCGACAGUCGGCGCAGCAGCGGGAGAAGGUGCUAGGCACCGACCACGUCGAGACGCUUGAGAGCAAAUACCAGUUAGCAGUCACACUCCACAAGCAUCAGAAGUACGCAGAGGCAGAGCAGCUGUUGCGACAGUCGGUGCAGCAGCGGGAGAAGGUGCUAGGCACCGGACACGCGAUGAAGAUAGAGCAUAUUCUCUCGGCGCCUGACCCGUCUACCAACUACCACAAAGCGCAUAAGCAGCGGCAGGCUAAGACAGGUCUCUGGCUGCUAGAAAGCACAAAGUUCACAGACUGGAAGAAAAGAGCAGCGUCGCGACUGUGGCUGUACGGGAUCCCAGGAUGUGGAAAGACCAUCCUGAGCUCUACUGUUGUUGAGAAUCUGCUGCAAUACUGCCAUAAUGACACUAGCAUAGUGACAGCGUACUUCUACUUCGACUUCAACGACACACAGAAACAGGAUCUAGAGCUUAUGCUGCGCUCGCUGCUCUGCCAGCUUGUGCAGCGGUCGGUCGUGAUACCUAAGGGCGUUGAUGCGUUGUUCUCAUCUUGCGAGAACGGGCAACGGAAGCCAUCGUCGCAUGCGCUUUUACAAGUAACAAAGGAAGCGGCGCAAGAGUUCACGCACGUGUACGUUGUUCUCGAUGCUCUAGAUGAGUGUGCGCAGCGCUCGGAGCUGAUGGACAUGCUCGAAGCAGUGGCUGAGUGGCAGCUUGACAAUCUGCAUCUGCUCAUGACUAGCCGGAAAGAGCGGGACAUCGAGCGCUCCUUAGAGGAAUACAUCAGGGAGGAGGACGCUGUAUGUCUUCAAAGGGACGUAGUGGACCAAGACAUACAGCGAUACAUCCAACAAAGGCUGCGUGUCGACAAGGGCUUAGCAAAAUGGAACAAGGAUGCCGUCGUCAGACAGGAGAUUGAGGCCGCGCUGAUGGGCGGAGCUCGCGGGAUGCAAGUGUUUUGA